UAGAUCUUUGUAGACUUGUAACAUGUCAUAUCCCACCUUCGAACUACCAUCAUUAAUUAAAUCAAGAUACAUUUAUCAUUUCAUCAAAUCACGCCGGUUCUAUCUGGAGAAACUGACAUCCAUCCAGCAGAUUGGAUACAAAAAUCACAGUCGACCACCAUUUGCACCUUACCAGUGAAAACCGUGUUACAAGUUCAAAGCAACUUAAGGAUUUGCAAACGUUCAAAGGCCAGCGACGUCAUCUUGCAUACGACUGCACAUGUUAGGAUAUUUGUAAAGAAUUAUGAUUUGGAUUGUGUUAUUGCAUUUCGGACUAUUAACAACUGUUUUGACAGCAGAAUUCUGUGGGAAUUCCAUACUGAAACAUUUGCCAAACGAGGCGUUUACGUCAUCAAGCAGCUACGAAGUUGAAGAAGACGAGAAAAGGUAUGGACCAGCCAGAGCUAAAAUUACAUCUACAGUGGAAGAAUUCCAAGACGGGACACCUAUGACAGCGGGGUGGAUAGCAGCUACUGUUAAUCUAAACCAAUGGCUUCAGAUAGAUUUACAACAAGCUAGUGUAGUAAAAGAGAUAGUAACUGCUGGUCGUGAUAUAGAUACUAGAACUGGAUGUUGUGAUCAGUGGGUAUCAAGUUAUCUACUACAAUAUAGUACUGAUAAUAUCAACUGGUUAACAGCUAACUGUACUAAAACAUCACAGAUUUUUACAGGGAACAAUGAUACUGGUAGUUUUGUUCGUAAUCCACUGUCGUGUCCUGUGAUUGCCAGGUUUUUACGUAUUUUACCACGAUCUUGGCACGAUAAUAUUGCUAUGAGAGUUGAUAUUCUUGGAUGUCACAUCAGCGAUGAAAGUUCUAAAACAGUCACCGAAAACUCACCUGUUUAUCCUUGGACCUUAACCAGAAACAAUAACAGACAUGGUGGAUCUUCAACUGCAGACGAUCACCUGAACUCUAAAUUAGAAACAUGGACAAAUGAUAAUAACCGUGGUUCUUUAAACUCAGAUCUACUCAACUUCCAAACGGCAUAUCCACAUCUAAUUGGCAUACCUCCAAAUCAAGGGUCUGAUGGCAGAUCUGUUAGUUUUAAUGGUGACAAACCCGUGACGCCUUCUGGAAAUAAUUUUUACUGGACCUCAACCAGAUCCACGUUUGAUAUAAACAGACAGCAGAAUAGUAACGAUAAUAACCAACAAGAAUGGCACUGGAAAGCCACUGCAUUUCCACGAGUGGUCCCGACUGCCCCUACAAAUAACCACCAACGAUACACGCGAUCUACAACCGCUAAGUAUCCGUGGGAAGCUCGUGAUUCCGGGACCAGAUCGAAUACACGCUAUCCAAUACGAACGCGCGUCAUAUCGGAUACGGACACUUACGUUCCACAGGGAAUACGAAUUUACGGUCCAACUGAGUAUAUCCCAAGAGGAUUUAUUCCAAAAGAAUACAUCAAUGGUAAUCCCUCAGAUGUCCAACGUUAUGAUAAUUCUCAGAAUCCAGCUAAUGGUAAUUCAUGGAACCAGCCAAAUGGUAAUUCAUGGAACCAACAAAAUGGUAAUUCAUGGAACCAACCAAAUAGUAAUUCUCAGAAUACAGAAGAUGCCAGUCCGUGGAAUCCACCUAAUGCUAGUCCCUGGAAUCCACCUAAUGCCAAUCCUUGGAAUCCUCCAAAUGCCAGUCCAUGGAUUCCGCCUAAUGCCAAUCCUUGGAAUCCACCAAAUGUCAAUCCACAGAAGCCGUGGAACCCAUCUGGAGUUAUAACGUAUCAAGAAGGUGUUAUCGCCCCAAAGGCUAAUGAUCGUUGUAUUGAAUCAUGUUAUGAUAGAGCUGACGGUGAUUAUCAGUCGUGUAGAUCAUGUAGUGUUUAUGUAUCAUGCUCUAAUGGCAAUACGUUUGAUAAUAGAGAAUGUCCGGGAGGUCUGGUAUGGAAUGAUGAUCAGAAAUACUGUGAUUGGACCUCAUCGACUUGUCCAUAAUAUAUAUACAUAAUUCUCAUCAGAGGGAUAUACAAUACAGCUAUAACCAAUGCCUCUUUUUGUACUAACCUCUGGCAGUGUCCAUUUGUUAAAUGACUGCAUUGCAAAUGCAAAAAUCAAUAGCCUUAUAAAUGAGCCUUGACUUCAUCAAUGUGCCUUCGUGUAUGCUGUUAUACAUUUAUAUGUUAUACUUUUUGUAGAAUAAAGAUUUUGCGCGUCAUCGUCUCGUCACGUGUUAAAAACUGUACCCCAAAUUUUAAUUAGGAUGUUUUAACUUUAAUAGUCGGUCAAGUACAUUUUCUAUCAACUAAAGGGUGCAAAUAAGGCGCAUUCAAUUCUGUCUAUCUCUAAGUUUAAUUCGAUAUUGUAUAUCUUUUAUAACAUAAUAUCUUCACGAAUUAAUAAAAUAUAAUUUGAAUCUGGA